UCAAAGUAAAGUAACUGAAAGGUAUGAUGAUGAAAAAUCACCUGUCUUCUUACAUCACCAGGGAAGAGAUCCACCUGCAGAUUCUUCAGGCUUUUGUUCACCUUCAUGAGUUCUCAAACCUUAAUCUGGUGCAGGCUUUAAGGCAGUUUCUGUGGAGUUUCCGUCUACCUGGUGAAGCUCAGAAGAUUGACCGCAUGAUGGAGGCCUUUGCUCAGCGCUACUGCACCUGUAACACAGGGGUUUUUCAGUCUACAGACACCUGCUACAUCCUGUCCUUCGCUAUUAUCAUGCUCAACACAAGCUUGCACAACCCAAACGUGAAAGACAAAACCACACUAGAACGUUUCAUUAGCAUGAACAGAGGAAUCAACAAUGGAGGAGAUCUUCCCAGUGAACUACUUGAGAAACUUUAUGAGAGCAUUAAAAACGAGCCCUUUAAGAUCCCAGAGGAUGAUGGCAAUGACCUCACUCAUACCUUCUUUAAUCCUGAUCGAGAGGGCUGGCUUCUAAAAGAAGGUGGCAGAAUAAAGACCUGGAAGAGGAGGUGGUUCAUUCUGACUGAUGGCUGCCUCUACUAUUUCCAAUACACCACUGAUAAAGAACCAAAAGGAAUCAUUCCCCUGGAGAACUUGUGUGUAAAAGAGGUGGAUGAUCCACAUAAACAGUUCUGUCUGGAGGUGUAUAGUCUUCAUCAAAAAGGAGAGACGAUAAAGGCCUGCAAGACAGAGACAGAUGGCAGAGUCGUGAUGGGCAAACAUCACUCCUACAAACUCAGCACAGCUUCAGAAGAGGAACGUGCAGAAUGGAUACAAGCCAUCAGAGCCUGUAUCACAAAAGACCCUUUCUAUGACCUGGUCUCUGCACGCAAAAAGAAAAUUACCAACCACAAUGAACCCCACGACUGAGUUUACAAACUCUCAUCUAAUCUUUCUAAAUCACCUGCACACAGACUGAAGAACCAGUGGGAUGUUGGUGGGACUCUGGAAAUGUUGUAUGUGGUUUUCAAGGUGCUUAUUCUCAGCAUACAGGGGUCAUCACAACUAACUGGAGGUGUUGUGGUCAAAAGCUUAAAGAAUCGCUAAAUGAACAGCUUCCUAUUUAUUUAAAGCUUGUGAGAGACCACACGCUAUAAAAAAAGCCAUGAAAUGAUUGUGACUUUAUUUGUAAAAUAUUGUGGAAUAGACAUUAGUUGAAAUGGUUUGUACUGUGGGAUUGUUUUUAGUUUAUUGACAAUUAAAAUAAUUUCAAUCGAAAGCUACAUUUCAAAACCUUUACGUUUUUAAGUAGUCUUUGUGUAGUUCUCCAUUUGACUAACUUUAAGUAGUAUUCAGAAGUAAAUCUAAUGAAUGUGUCUUGUAAAUAGUCUUGUAAAUAUUCUAAUAGCCCGUUAGCAUUAAUGCUUAGCAGGUUGACAUUGUCCAUAUUUUGUACAAAUGAAAGGAUCUAUUUAAAGAAUGUAUCGUUAUUUAGUUAUAAGCUUUCUUUACACUGAAUAAUCAAAUAAACUUGUGAAUAUGUUAAGAGCAUGUUGUUCAAACGAUGACUGACUGU